CUUCAAACUACCACCUCCACUAGAAAGCCCUAACCCACCUCCACUAGAAAACCCUAACCCUCUCUCUCUCUCUCUCUCUCUCUCUCUCUCUCUCCACUUUCUCGCUCCUAGGGUUUCGUUUCUUGCUCUAGUCAAACAAGAUGCAGGACCCUCUAAGCAUGUCCCUGGACGACCUCAUCAAGACCAGCAAGAAAUCCGGAUCCGGUAACACCCGAGGUCGCGGCGGCCGGGGGCCUUCCGGACCCGGACCAGCCCGCCGCUUGCCCAAUCGAGGCGCCAAUCGCGCGGCACCGUACGUGGCUGCGGCCAAGGCGCCGGAGACUGCGUGGCAACACGACAUGUAUGGGGAUCUUGGGGCUGCGCCGUACGCGGCUCCAGCUGGAAGAGCCUCGGCUAUCGAAACCGGAACCAAGCUCUACAUCUCCAAUCUCGAUUAUGGCGUUUCCAACGAGGACAUUAAGGAAUUGUUUUCUGAGGUUGGUGACCUGAAACGUUAUGGAGUACAUUAUGACAGAAGUGGGAGAUCAAAGGGAACGGCAGACGUAGUUUUCUCACGACGAACGGAUGCUGCGGCGGCUGUUAAAAGAUACAACAAUGUUCAACUUGAUGGGAAGCCGAUGAAGAUUGAGAUUGUAGGAACGAACAUUGGGACACCUGGCGCCCCACCUGCGUUCCUGCCUGCUCCUAAUGUAGCUUUUGGAAAUCGGAAUGGACCACCCAUGGGCAGUGGACAAAGUAGGGGUGGUGCAUUUGGACGUAUACGUGGCGGCGGCGGUGGCGGUGGCGGUGGCGGUGGCGGUGGCGGCGGUGGCCGCGGUGGCCGUGGUCCUAGAAGGGGCGGUGGUGGACGUGGAAGUGGAAGAGGCCGUGGUGAAAAGGACCAAAAGGUUUCUGCUGAAGAUCUUGAUGCCGAGCUAGAGAAGUACCAUGCAGCAGCAGAAUCAAUGCAAGAGUAAAUUGAAAUCAGCUGUGUGAAGCGUCGGCUAUAUUACAUCUUUUAUGGCUCAUUAGGUCCUUGGUGAUUUGACAACCUCAUCUAUUUUCUGUAUUUCUAUUGAAGCCGAAAUUCCUAGAGAGAAAAAUCAUGAUUAGGAACAGCUCUUAGAAUCUUGCUUACGGAUGUUGGGUGCUUAUUAUGUUUGUUUAAACAUGGGUAUGAAAUAUGUGAGUUAAUGGACAGUUUCAGUACUUGAACUGAA